CGCGCCGCUCACACCUGCAUGUGGACCUGUCGGUCCCUUUAAUCAGGCUUUAGUCCCGCCUUCUCUAACAGGGCGCACCUGAGCAGGUGCGUCCACGGCGCGUUUCUUUGCUGACAUCAUCGGCGUCGUUGCGCAGCUUCCGGCUGUCAGGUGAGACGGAAGAGAAGAGAGGAGCGAAGAGUCACCCGUCAGCUCACCUGUCGAUUAGGGAGGAGGAAAAAAAUGAAUCCCAUCCCUUGCAACCUGAAGUCUGAGGCCAAGAAGGCCGCCAAGAUCCUGAGAGAUUUCACCCAGAUCUCCAACAGGACUGGGCCGGAUAAACUCAUCCCCGCUCACAUUAUAGCCAAGGCCGAGGGUUUGGCCAUCAUCUCCGUCAUCAAGGCCGGCUUUAUGGUCACAGCCAGAGGCGGCAGCGGCGUCGUCAUCGCCAGACUCGCCGACAGACGUUGGUCAGCACCGUCCGCCAUCGGCAUCGCUGGCCUCGGCGGAGGCUUUGAGAUCGGUGUGGAGGUGUCAGACCUGGUGAUGAUCCUGAACCAGCGGAGGGCGAUCGACGCCUUCACCAAGGGCGGCAACCUGACGCUGGGCGGGAACUGCACCGUCGCCGUGGGACCUAUGGGCAGGAACCUGGAGGCGGACGUCGCCCUGCGCAGCACGGCGGCCGUCUUCACCUACUGCAGGUCCAGAGGUCUGUUUGCAGGAGUUUCUCUGGAGGGAUCUUACCUGAUAGAACGCAAGGACACCAACCGCAAUUUCUACCAGCAAGAUAUCCGGGCUUCACGCAUCUUAAACGGAGACGUCGAGCCUCCGACGGAGUUCCACGACCUUUACCACAUCCUGGACAUGUACACUGAGGCCUACACCACCGACUGGACCAACAAGAACAUGAGAACCAGGUCAGUUGCUCCAUCCAGACCUCCUGCUCCAUCCUCCCAGAGGGCUCCUCAAAGCAGCAGCCGGCAGCAAGCGGCAGACAGUGAAGCGAAGAAAAACAGGCUCUACCCGAGUGUCUCCGUCUACAAGUCUGAAGCAUCGACUCAGGCCGCCUCCAGUCAGCUUCAGAGAUAUGGUCAGUUUGACCCCAUCAAUCCUCCAAGCUACGAUGUAACAGUGGGCGGGGCCACCAGCUCUCUGGUCGUCACGGCGACCCAUCCGUUCACCGGGCAGCAGCCGGGCGACCUGAGCUUCCUUCCCGGGGACCGGAUCACCGUCAUCACCAAGACCGACUCCCAGUACGACUGGUGGGAAGGGAAACUGGACAACGGGAAUGUUGGGAUAUUUCCCGCCAACUUUGUCACGUACUGACGUCGCCCCCUGGAGGUGGGAUGGAGUGUUGGAGGAGCGAAAACUACAGGUUCUGAAGAAAAAUGGAAGAUUUCACUCUUAAUGAUGAUCUUUUAAAAAAAUUCAUUCAGUAAUUGACGGUUUUUAUUCUCAGUCGUUCAGUAUUUUGUCCGUACAGCAGAAACGUUUGUAUAGUUUGUAGAUCUGCGGGGAUUUUAACCUUUUUUACCGGGUUUGGGUUUAUUAGAAUUUAAACACUUUGGAGCUAAAAACACUUUAUUUUUUCAGGUUAAUGAAGGUUUAUUUUUAAACAUUAAAAGUUAAUAUCUUCCGCUGCCUUUCAUUAGUUCUAGAUGUUGUAUUUCUACAAGUAUUACAGCAGAGGGGGGGUUAGACUCACAGGGCACAGUGGUUGUAAUUUUAACCUCAGUCAUCUAGAAUGAGAAAUGUUUAGUUAUUGGUGAAAGUUUUAGAGAGAAUAGGAUUUAAAUAGUUAUUUCUGUUACAGAUUGUGCUGUUGUGUUGGGUGUUGGUUUCUUGCCUGGAACAUUGUUAAUAAACUCAGUUUAAGGGUUAAAUAUUAA